GGCAGAGUUCAGCUCCCUGGAGGGGAAGGAGGGACGUCCCAAGGAAGGGUCUUUGAGGAAGGAGUGGGGGGCGACAUCAGGAGAAGGUUACCAGGGGCGGUCUCGGGAGCGAAGGUUUUGGGGGGACAACAGGGGUCUCCAAUAGAUAGACCACUGUGCAGGCUGAGGGAGGUACUUCUUGGCACAAGGCCUUAGCCCUCAGCUUUGCCUUCUGAAGCCACUCCUCAGGGGCAGAGACCCUCUUUCUCUUCCAACUCUUCUAUUAUCUGACCCCUGGUUACCUGUGGCCUGGGAAGGAAGAAGAACCAGUGUCUGAGCCUAAGAGUGGAACCCAAAGGCUGGUGAUAGAGUUCAUCUUAGUUUCUGGGAAGUGGAUUUAUUUCCCUUAUAUCCACAUAGAGGGUGGCACUAGACUCCUGUUAUUAUAUCCUUCCAUCUUUGGAUUGUUGGUUGGGGGUCUGCCUGCCUUCCAGAGUGACUGCUGACAGUCAAAGAAUUCCUGAGGCUCUCCACAGCAGUCUGGUGGCUGCACCCUUACUGCUCCUGUAACCUAGACAAUUUGUUUACAGAAAGUUCAGGAGCCCUGGAAAGGAGAAAGAAUAAGACGACAGGAGGAAGAGAGAGAGAGGGUAGAAUGGAAGAAUCUCACUUCAAUUCUAACCCGUACUUCUGGCCUUCUAUCCCCACAGUCUCAGGACAAAUUGAGAAUACAAUGUUCAUCAACAAGAUGAAGGAUCAGCUGUUGCCAGAGAAGGGCUGUGGGCUGGCGCCACCUCACUACCCCACCUUGCUGACAGUGCCUGCCUCAGUGUCCCUGCCCUCAGGCAUCAGUAUGGACACAGAGUCCAAAUCAGACCAGCUGACCCCACACAGCCAGGCUUCCGUCACCCAGAAUAUCACAGUGGUCCCUGUGCCAUCUACAGGACUGAUGACUGCUGGAGUCUCCUGUUCUCAGAGGUGGAGAAGAGAAGGGAGUCAAUCAAGGGGUCCAGGUUUGGUAAUCACGUCCCCCUCAGGCUCUCUUGUGACCACAGCCUCAUCAGCUCAGACCUUCCCCAUUUCGGCUCCCAUGAUUGUCUCAGCUCUUCCCCCUGGCUCACAAGCCCUGCAGGUGGUCCCCGACCUCUCUAAGAAGGUAGCAUCGACCCUAACAGAGGAAGGAGGCGGAGGUGGUGGUGGAGGUGGCAGUGUGGCUCCUAAACCCCCGCGGGGUCGAAAGAAGAAGCGGAUGCUGGAGUCAGGGCUGCCUGAGAUGAAUGACCCUUAUGUCCUCUCCCCUGAGGAUGACGAUGACCAUCAAAAAGACAGCAAGACCUACAGGAGCGAAGGGAACUGCGGCACAGGAAAUGGACAGAGCCUUGGGCUCAUGGAUUCAGUUCCCGGCUCCACCACGAACUUGCUGUGUGACCCUGGGUGCCGGAUGUGCUCACUGACAUUCUACUCAAAGUCGGAGAUGCAGAUCCACUCCAAGUCACACACGGAGACCAAGCCCCACAAGUGCCCACAUUGUUCCAAGACCUUCGCCAACAGCUCCUACCUGGCCCAGCACAUCCGUAUACACUCAGGGGCCAAGCCCUACAGUUGUAACUUCUGUGAGAAAUCCUUCCGCCAGCUCUCCCACCUUCAGCAGCACACCCGGAUUCACUCCAAGAUGCACACGGAGACCAUCAAGCCCCACAAGUGCCCGCACUGCUCCAAGACCUUCGCCAACACCUCCUACCUGGCCCAGCACCUCCGUAUCCACUCGGGGGCCAAGCCCUACAACUGUUCCUACUGCCAGAAGGCCUUCCGCCAGCUCUCCCACCUCCAGCAGCACACACGAAUCCACACUGGUGAUAGACCAUACAAAUGUGCACACCCAGGCUGUGAGAAAGCCUUCACCCAACUCUCCAAUCUCCAGUCCCACAGACGGCAACACAACAAAGAUAAACCCUUCAAGUGCCACAACUGUCAUCGGGCAUACACAGAUGGAGCCUCACUAGAGGUGCACCUAUCUACACAUACGGUGAAGCAUGCCAAGGUGUAUACCUGUACUAUCUGCAGUCGGGCAUAUACGUCGGAAACAUACCUUAUGAAACAUAUGCGCAAACACAACCCUCCUGAUCUCCAGCAACAAGUGCAGGCAGCAGCAGCAGCGGCAGCAGUGGCCCAGGCUCAAGCUCAAGCUCAAGCUCAAGCUCAAGCUCAGGCUCAGGCUCAAGCUCAGGCUCAGGCUCAGGCUCAGGCCCAGGCCCAGGCUCAGGCUCAGGCCCAGGCCCAGGCCCAGGCCUCCCAGGCAUCGCAGCAGCAGCAGCAACAGCAGCAGCAGCAGCAGCAGCAGCCACCACACUUCCAGUCUCCUGGGGCAGCCCCUCAGGGUGGAGGGGGUGGGGACAGCAACCCCAACCCUCCACCCCAGUGUUCCUUUGACCUGACCCCCUAUAAGACGGCGGAGCAUCAUAAGGACAUCUGCCUCACUGUCACCACCAGCACCAUCCAGGUGGAGCACCUGGCCAGCUCUUAGAGAUCCGUGCUGCCACCCACUGGGAAAAGGAGAAAGAAGUUCUGGUCUCUCCUUUCUCCGGCUCUUGGUGGUAAAAAUCCUCUUCCUUGACAAGCCUUGGCUCUAUUUCCUUGGGCCUCAGGCAUGGAUACCAUCCUUCUCAACUCCUCUUCAAAGGAACCUCAGCCCUCCUGAUUGGCAAAGGAAUCCUGAGCUGAUGGUGUCAUCCAGCAGCCUCCCCUCCCAAGCAAAGCUUUUAAAAUUGGGGGUUGGUGCUCAAGGGAAGGAUUUGCUAUGACCUCAUAGAAACUUGUCCAGUGUGGACACUUACCCUAUCCUUAGCCUCUACAUCCUCAAAGUUUGGGCUGAUAGAAGACUAGAGGCUGGCCCUCCCAGAUUACAGAAAAAGGGAGCCCUAAAUGCAACCAUCCUUCUGUUCUAUUCUUGCCUGCAAAAGAACAGAGGUUUCCAAUGUGCUCCAACCCGAGAGCCAUUUUAUUCUUCUACAUGGUCUCAAUUCACUUCCUGCCUACUGCUGGUAGAAGAUUUGGGUAGGGAUUAGACCUCCUUUUAUUUGUAAGGGGGCAAGGGCUGACAUGUGGUCCCCAAGGGGCCAGAGAUUCCCAAGGUGGUCAGCAUGGUUUAGAAGUGUGGGUUAUGGUUUUCCUUGGAGCCUCUGUCCACCUUCUCUGCCAGCCAAGGUCCUAUACUCUCAGCCUCCCAACCCAACCCCCAAGGAGCUAUGGGAGCUUUGUUCUCUGUGAAACCCCAAAACAAGGGGUGCGGCAGAGAAGGGAGAGUUCAGGGCAAACACCAGGACUGGACUUAGCUCCCUAGGUGCCACGGUCAGAUGCCGGACACGGAUUUAUAUAUAAAUAUAUAUAUAUAAAUAUAUAUAUAUACCCACUCAUCACGGCCAUCUUUGUUGUAACCAUUUCUGUGUUUAUAAAUGCAUUAUCUCAGAAUUUUCACAUUUGAUGCUUUGUUUAUUUUAUUUUUGUCUUUUUUUUCCUCCGCCCUGUCCUCUGGCCACGGCAUUUUUAUUUCUUUUUGUCUUUUUUUUUUUUUUUUUAAUCAUGGCAGAUUUCAGAGAAAAGGAAAUUUAAAAAAAAAUCAGGAAACCAGUUGUUAUAAAGCAAUUUAAAAAAGAAAAAAACUUAUGUACAAACCAAGGGGUGUUUUUAGAAUAUUGUAUAGAAAUAAAUUCAUGUAAAAGGA